AUGAUAGCAACUACGAAAUACCAACGCAUAUCCAAAAACCUCGAAUCCCUCCCUUGCGAACUCCACGAAGACAUCCUAAUCCACCUCCAAUUCCACCAACUCAUCCGCCUCUCCUCAUGCGCAGGGCCCCGUCUAAUCUGGUCGCUCCAAAAUAGCCUUUCCCCGUGGCACCGCUACUUCUCCUCCUCCACAGCCAUCACCUCACUCCAGGAACUCCUCGCCAUAACCGACACAGUAGCCAAACACGGCUUCCCACCCUCCCGCCACUGCAUCGACUUGACCAAAAUCUACGAAGAGCCAAACCUGCGCUUCCUAGCGUACAAAGACUCGGAAUGGGCUUCACCUCACAGCAUCGUCUCGAUGCGAAAUCUGCAGACGAGCGAGGCGCUAACGAAACACUGGCUUAACCACCUAACCCGCAUGGUGACUCUUGUAAUCAAACCCAUCAUACCGGCGCACCCUUCGUUCCCGGAAUUCCCUUCUUCGUUCCCGACACCCGCGUCGCUCGCUGCGUUUGUAUCGUCGUACCAGCGCGCCCGCGAGGCCGGCGCAGAAGCGCUGGCUCAGCAACUGGAGCAUCUGGCCGCGCUGUACGAAGCUCAUCCUACAAGCUUCAAGAUGCCGUUUGACCCGCGGCCUCAUCCGCCGAGCAAGCUGAAUGUGGCGCAUAUCCCCAAGACAAUGCGGUCGCAGGCGAGGCGGAUUGUGAAUAUGGCGAGGGCGGGCAAGUGGCGGCGGAACAGGGUGUUUUGGCAUCGGUUUGGGUGGCCGGGGCUUGUGCCGUAUGAGUGCUAUGUGCGGUUGUUUAAUGGGGUUGUGCUGUGGAAGGGGUUGCUGGAGGGGGAGGGGAAGUUGAUAGAGGAAUGUAGGAGGAUUAUUGAGGAUAAACCGGCGUGGGCUGAUGGUGGGGGGAAGAGUGAGGGGGACGCGAUUGAAGAGUUGUCGAGUACGAUGGAACGGCAGAAUCUAGGAGAUGGUGCUAUGCCGAUUCGUAUCCAGGUUCGUCUCGAAGAUGCGGAGGAUAAGGGCAAGGUGCUGGCUGCGCCUCGUGCAGAGGCCGAGCUACAGUGGCUGGAAAGGUUUGCACAAGUGACGACAUCUUUGGAGCAGGCGUAUCCUGACUUGGCAAAGGAUAGCCUAGUAUCUGUUUCAACGUGA